UGUUUACAUUUGACCGUAAUAUACGAGGUCAUUUAAGCUUGCUACGCUAUUAGCGUAAAUUGAAGAAGCAAGUAUAUGAAGUGUGGAAAAUGUGCUGAAAAUACUUUGCCUAUUAGAAUCAUCUAGCAAUAAAUCUAAAAAUGACGACUUCUAAGCACAACAAUUCUCAUAGUCACGACCACGAUGACAAAACAAACAUUGAUUAUAUUUAUAAUUUGAGAAAUCGGUGCUUAAAAUUCAGGCAUAGAUGUAAAAAGCUCUGGGAAGAUGAAAAAAUUUAUGAAAAAUUGAAUUAUGUGAUGCAAUUCAUGCUAUCACAUCCACUUCUAUUAUUGAUUUGCAUCAUUGUAAUAGCAAUGUUUGCAAUCCCUAUUGCUUUAUUAAUAACAUUUGUUGUUAUCAAUGUUGCAAUUACUUUUUCAAGUUUCAUGAUAAUUGAAGUGUUACUAUUGACAGUUGGACUAACUACUUUGAGCUGCAUAAUGUUUUUCAUUGUAGCAGUUAUUGUUGUGUCAGGAGUUUCACUUGUUUUAUCAUUUUAUGCUACAUAUUUUUCGUUUAUGAUAGUUAAAAACAAAGUAUACAGUAAAUGA